AUGGAGAUCUCCACACUGCCGGAGCUGCUGGGCUUCAGAGAGCUGCUGCUGUGUGUGAUUACAGCUGGAGUCCUGGCGGCUGUGUGUUUCUGUGCUGGGUAUGAGCUCGGGAGAGAGGAGAGGAGUGUACACACCGCCCAGGACCACGGACAGAACGUCUCCUCAGGUCUUCCACAUUCUUCUGAUGAAACCAGGGACUGGCCCGCCUCUGAGAAGUGUCUGUCCAUGUGUGUAAAAGUAAGCAAUACUACAGUAUGUUUGAACUUUCAGGAGUUUCUGGAUGAUGAGCUCGGUGAUCAGGUAAACAUGAAGAAGAGCUAUGUAAUGAAGCUGGAGAACAGAGUGACGGCGCUGGAGGAGCUGCUGUGUGGGAUUCGCAGUGAGACUGAAAUAAAAAGCAUGGAGCUUGACCAAGAGCGACAGACUCUCAGCACGCUAAAGGAAAAGUAUGAGGACGCGUUAAAGCAGAACGAGGCGUUAGAAAACGAUUGCGAGCUGAGGUUCCAGACUGAAAGAGCAAACUUUCUGGAGAAAAUGCUCCACAUGGUUGCUGGACAGUCUGAAGUAAAAAGCAAGCUUGACCGAGAGCGACAGGCUGACAGCACGCUGAAUGAGAAAUAUGAUGAGAUGACCAGCGAGUUAGACGAGGAUCAUGGGCUAUUCCAGAAGAACAGAGCAAACAAUCUGGAGAAAAUGCUCUUUGCCAGAAUCACACAGUCUGGACUAAAAAGCAAGGAGCUGAAUCGAGAGCAACAGACUGACAGUAUGAUGUAUGAUGAGGCGAUAGGGCAGAACGAGGACUUACAAGUGAAUGAAACGGAAAACACAAACUUUCUGGAGGAAAUCCUCGAUGCGGUUGUUGGACAGUCUGAGAAAAGAAGCAACGACCUUAAAGAGGAGCGACUGCCUUACUGCAUCCUAAAGGUGAAGUAUGAGGAGCUGGUGAACCAGAAUGAGCAGUUAAACAAGAGUUACGAGCUGAUAGACCAGGGGGACAGAGGGAUCUAUGUUGAGCAGACGCUCGAUGCGGUCGCUGGACAAUCUGAGCACAAACAUGAGGUCGCGCUGGCUAAAGCUGAGGAGAAAGCUCAGAGCUCUCUGGAGUACAAUGAGAAUCUGAGGCACUUAAACAGCAGACUAAAUGACCAAGUACUACAGCUCACAAACCUAGUGAAAUUUCAGAGGAGUCGACUCUGUGACGCAGAACAGAUGUGUGCAAACUUAAUCAGGACGUUGGAGCAAAACCAAGAGCGACAGGAUUACAUCCACCUUUGGUCUCAGUAUGAAGACUCUGUGGCCACUGUGGCUAAAGCUAGGAGGAUAACUAAGGAUGCCUUGGAGGCCAACAAUCGUCUGAAGUAUGAGAAAUCCGUCUUGAUUAACCACAUGGAAAUGCUCGGGGGCACAGUGGAGAACAUGCAGGAAGAACUCUAUAAGAGUCACAAGGCACACAUCAAGUUAUUUAAGAGUACACUGGCACUUGAGAACUUGAAGCUGAGGGAGCGAGUGAAAACACUUCAGGAGAAGUUGGGGGAAGAAACUGAAGAGCAAAUGGAGGAGCAGGAGAAGGAGCAUCAGGAUCGCCAAAACAUCUUGUCCCAGCACGAAGACAUUAUGAUCGUGCUGACUAAAGCUGAGGAGAAAGCUCAGGCUGCUCUGGAGUUCAAUGCUAAGCUGAUGCUUGAGAACGCCAACCUGAAGGACAAAGUGAAAACACUGGAAACUGUAGUGGAGGAUUUGGACAAACACCUCCCUGGGACUAGCUGGAUGUUUUAAGAGAAAGGGAUCAGGUGCAGGAAUGACCGUGUCCUACAUCUAAGAAAAGGAAAUGGACAUUUUUUAGUUUAGAGACUGUAGUGUGUUUUUUCCCCCUUUUUUUU